AUUCCUGGAAACCUCUGCUGACCUACCUGGCCUGAAAGAGAGUCAGUUAGGCCCUGCUCUGUCACAUGCACCCAAUUCAUGCUGAAUAAAGGACCUACAGAACCAGAACUUUGGCAGGGAAGGGCAGAAGAGGUGAGGGAGGGGCACACCGGCUGCUGGAGAAGGAGAGUGGCUUGUCUUUAAGGAAGGCCCCAUCCCAUCAGGAGCCAGGCUGGUAUAUGAAAGGCGGAAAGACUUCGCAUCUUCUGCUUCUGAAUGUUGACCUUUUUCAUGCUAAAUGGCGUUUAAUGAUUGUUUUAGUUUGAGCUAUCCUGGUAACCCCCAGCCAGGGGACUUGAUUGAAGUAUUUCGUUCUGGCUAUCAGCACUGGGCACUGUACUUGGGUGAUGGUUAUGUUAUCAACAUAGCACCUCUAGAGGAUGGCAUUUCUUCCUCAUUUACGAGCGCCAAGUCUAUAUUCAGCAGGAAAGCCCUGGUGAAGAUGCAGCUGCUGAGGGAUGUUGUGGGAAAGGACACAUACAGAAUAAACAAUAAAUAUGAUGGGACCUACUCCCCUCUCCCCGUGGAAGAAGUCAUGCAACGGUCAGAGAUGGUUAUUGGACAGGAGGUGGAAUAUGACAUACUUGUCAACAACUGUGAGCAUUUUGUGACUUUGCUUCGCUAUGGAGAAGGAGUUUCAGAUCAGGCCAAUCAAGCAAUAAGUACCAUUGGGUUUGUGGCAGCUGCUGCUGGUGCCUUCUCACUCCUGGGUUUGUUUCCAAAAAGACAAAGAGCAAAAUACUAUUAACAAUUUACUGAAGAGAUAUUGGAGCUGAAGGAAUUUGUGAGGAGGGGAAAAAAAAACCUGGGAUGAAUACUUAUUUUCAAUGCAUCAUUAUUGUUCCAAAUUCCAGUGAUGGAUGGCAGGCUCUUUAAUAAAUUGCUUACUGAUAUUAUCUCA